GAGAAGAAGAAGUUGAAGCGAAGUGAAAACAACAAUAAUCAGCUAUUGAGAGUUGCGCGUGAAAGUAACUGAAAUCGGAAUCGGAAUAAGAUGUCGAUUCCGAAAGAGCCAGAGGAAGUAAUGAAGUUAAGAGGAGGAUCGGUACUUGGAAAGAAAACCAUUCUUAAGAGCGACCAUUUCCCUGGUUGUCAGAACAAGCGUUUGCGUCCUCACAUCGAAGGAGCUCCAAAUUAUCGUCAGGCCGAGUCGUUACAUGUUCAUGGCGUUGCGAUUCCAACUAAUGAUGGAAUCAGAAAUGUUCUUAAGCACAUUGGUGCUCAACCUGAAGGCAACAAAGUUCAUGUUCUUUGGAUUAGUCUUCGUGAGGAACCGGUUGUGUACAUUAAUGGGCGCCCCUUUGUUUUGCGUGAUGUGGAAAGACCAUUCUCCAACCUCGAGUAUACGGGAAUUAAUAGGGAAAGAGUUGAACAAAUGGAAGCUCGUUUGAAAGAAGAUAUUCUGAUGGAAGCUGCAAGAUAUGGAAAUAAGAUCCUUGUGACUGAUGAACUGCCAGAUGGUCAGAUGGUGGACCAAUGGGAAUCAGUGUCAUGUAAUUCUGUGAUGACACCUCUAGAGGUGUACCAGGAAUUGCAAGUGGAAGGAUACCUUGUUGAUUAUGAACGUGUUCCAAUAACUGAUGAAAAAUCCCCUAAGGAAAUGGAUUUUGAUAUUUUGGUUCAUAAAAUUUCACAAGCUGAUGUAAAUACAGAGAUAAUUUUCAAUUGUCAAAUGGGGCGUGGACGAACUACAACUGGAAUGGUCAUUGCGACUUUGAUUUAUCUGAAUCGAAUUGGAGCUUCUGGCAUUCCAAGAAGCAACUCAGUUGGUAGAAUUUCUCAAUGUCUGACUAAUGUACCAGACCAUAUUCCUAACUCAGAGGAGGCAAUACGAAGGGGAGAAUAUACAGUCAUAAGAAGCUUGAUUCGGGUGUUAGAGGGUGGUGUUGAGGGGAAAAGGCAAGUUGACAAAGUCAUUGACAAGUGCGCCUCAAUGCAGAACUUACGUGAAGCAAUUGCCACUUAUCGCAAUAGUAUUCUGCGGCAACCAGAUGAGAUGAAAAGGGAGGCAUCACUUUCUUUUUUUGUGGAGUACUUGGAGAGAUACUACUUUUUGAUAUGUUUUGCUGUAUAUAUACAUUCAGAAAUGGCUGCACUCCGCACUAGUUCAGCUAGUCAUAGUAGUUUUGCUGACUGGAUGAGAGCUAGGCCAGAGCUCUACAGCAUUAUUCGCAGGUUGCUGAGGAGAGAUCCAAUGGGUGCACUUGGGUAUUCCAGUUUGAAACCAUCUCUAAUGAAGAUAGCUGAAUCUACUGAUGGUCGCCCUUCAGAGAUGGGUGUGGUUGCUGCCUUGAGAAAUGGUGAGGUACUUGGCAGUCAAACUGUUCUGAAAAGUGAUCAUUGCCCAGGGUGUCAAAAUCCAAGAUUACCAGAAAGAGUGGAGGGGGCACCUAAUUUCAGAGAAGUUCCUGGCUUUCCAGUUUAUGGAGUCGCAAAUCCAACUAUCGAUGGUAUUCGAUCUGUUCUUCGUAGGAUUGGUAGCUCUAAAAGUGGACGCCCAGUACUUUGGCAUAAUAUGAGAGAAGAACCUGUUAUUUACAUCAAUGGGAAACCAUUUGUUCUCCGAGAAGUUGAAAGACCGUACAAAAACAUGCGGGAAUACACGGGAAUUGGUCGUGAAAGGGUGGAGAAAAUGGAAGCCCGGUUAAAAGAAGAUAUCCUAAGGGAAGCUGAACAGUAUGACAAUGCCAUAAUGGUUAUUCAUGAAACAGAUGAUGGGCAGAUAUAUGAUGCUUGGGAGCAAGUAACCUCUGAUGUAAUUCAAACCCCACUUGAAGUUUUUAAAAGCCUGGAGGUUGAUGGAUUUCCUAUUAAGUAUGCACGUGUGCCCAUCACUGAUGGAAAAGCUCCUAAAAGUUCUGAUUUUGACACAAUGGCUUUUAAUAUUGCUUCUGCUACAAAGGAAACUGCUUUUGUUUUCAAUUGUCAGAUGGGUAGGGGCAGAACAACCACAGGUACUGUCAUAGCUUGCCUUGUGAAGCUUCGAAUUGAUUAUGGUAGACCUAUUAAAAUACUGGGAGAUAAUGUAACCCAGGAAGAAGUGGAUGGCGGUUCCUCAAGUGGAGAUGAAGUUGGCGGUUAUGUCACUGCCCCCAAUAAUUUGCAAAUAAAGAUAGAUGAGAAACAAAAGCAUGUUUUUGGUAUAAAUGACAUCCUCUUGUUAUGGAAGAUAACAGCUUUUUUUGAUAAUGGGGUGGAGUGCCGGGAGGCCUUAGAUGGUAUUAUUGAUAGAUGUUCUGCACUUCAAAACAUUCGCCAAGCUGUUCUAGAAUAUAGAAAAGUAUUCAAUCAACAACAUGUUGAGCCAAGGGUAAGGAGGGUGGCAUUAAAUCGUGGUGCUGAGUACUUGGAACGGUAUUUCCGUCUUAUUGCUUUUGCAGCAUAUCUUGGAAGUGAAGCAUUUGAUGGAUUUUGUGGAGGAAAAUCCAAAGUGUCAUUUAAGAAUUGGUUGCAUCAGAGACCAGAGGUGCAGGCUAUGAAAUGGAGCAUACGAUUGAGACCGGGGCGGUUUUUCACUGUCCCUGAAGAGCUGAGAGCACCACAAGAGUCUCAACACGGAGAUGCAGUGAUGGAGGCAUUCGUCAAGGCUCGGAGUGGUUCAGUUCUGGGAAAAGGCUCCAUACUUAAAAUGUAUUUCUUUCCUGGUCAGAGAACUUCCAGCCACAUACAAAUACAUGGCGCACCACACGUUUACAAGGUUGAUGAAUACUCUGUGUAUUGCAUGGCAACUCCAACCAUCUCUGGUGCAAAGGAGAUGUUAAAGUAUUUGGGUGCUAAUCCUAAAGCAAAAGCCUCAGCUACUCAAAAAGUAAUUUUGACUGAUCUAAGAGAGGAAGCAGUUGUCUAUAUCAAGGGCACUCCCUUUGUCCUGAGGGAGUUAAACAAACCAUAUGAUACACUCAAGCAUGUGGGAAUCACUGGUCCUGUGGUGGAACACAUGGAAGCAAGGUUGAAAGAAGACAUAAUAGCUGAGAUUAAACAGUCUGGUGGGCUGAUGCUGUUACACCGUGAAGAAUAUAACCCUUCAACAAAUCAGUCUAAUGUGGUUGGAUACUGGGAAAACAUUUUGGUGGAUGACGUGAAAACAACCGUAGAAGUUUAUUCUGCUCUAAAGGAUGAAGACUAUGAUAUUGUCUAUCAGAGGAUACCAUUAACAAGGGAGAGAGAUGCAUUGGCCUCUGAUGUUGAUGCAAUACAGUACUGUAAAGAUGACUCUGCAGAGAGUUAUCUUUUUGUAUCACACACAGGUUUUGGUGGAGUUGCAUAUGCAAUGGCGAUUAUUUGUAUUAGACUCGGAGCAGAAGCAAACUUUGCAUCCACAGUCCCACAGCCAGUAUUUAGUCCUCAGAAAUAUGCAGGGGCUGAAGAGAACUUUCUCUCUCGAGCUUCUAAUGAAGCAGCACUCAAGAUGGGUGACUAUCGUGACAUAUUGAGCCUUACAAGAGUCCUCAUACAUGGUCCCCAAAGCAAAGCAGAUGUUGACAAUGUUAUUGACAGAUGUGCAGGCGCAGGGCAUCUACGAGAUGAUAUUCUUUAUUAUUAUAAAGAAUUUGAGAAGUUUACUGAUGGCGAUGAUGAGGAACGUGCGUAUCUUAUGGACAUGGGUGUCAAGGCUUUGAGGCGGUACUUUUUUCUUAUCACAUUCAGAUCUUACCUUCACUGCACCUCUCCAUCCAAUCUGGAAUUUGCUGCUUGGAUGGAUGCAAGACCCGAGCUUGGUCAUCUAUGUAACAAUCUUAGAAUUGAUAAAUAAUGUAGCAAUGCUGAUAGUUAUGUCAAUGUAUAGUUGGCACUUGCUGCUGCAGUUUGUAAUAUACAUCCUCUCUUUCUCCAUGCCCGCCCCAUUGGACUAAAACGUAGCUGAUCUUGGUAUUUUGCGAACUGCUUGAUUGUAGGCAAAAGCCAUGGUAUACUUCAGUCAGCUUCUUGCAUUCAACCCUGUAUGUUAUGAGGUGGCUCUGACAUCAGUACAUACAGUACACAACUGCUGGAUGAGCAGCAUUUGCUUGCUUCCAACAUGGACCCAUUUUGCAUUAGGUCACAUUGUUAUGGGACGUUCAAUAUCCCUUAUUGUAUUCCUAUUUCAUUGAGAUUUGAUUAUAGGAUCUGGAGGUGUAGGCCAUUAGAUUAAUGACGAGGUUCUCUGUCUUUGAUUACUAGUUUCGAUCCAUCAAUUAUAGAACGAUGGAAUUAUUAGGAAAGAGCGAAUUAGAGUCCAGCUGAAUAGUAUGAAACCCCCUUUCCCUAUUUCCCCCCGGCUAAAAUGAUAUAAAUGCUUUUUAAUUAGAGAUAAAUCAAACGGAGAUCAGAUGACGACUGAGACAACUCAAAAAACUAUCCACCUUUUUUUCUUUCUUUCAUAAUAAAUUUGUGUACCCAUCAUCACUCUAGCUUUCAAAAUGAAUUGUAAGGUUAUGCCA